AUGUCAACUAAUGAUAUAGAUCAACUUGCGGGAAAAUUUAUGGAUUUCAUUGACAAAUGUCCUUCUCCAUAUCAUGUAUGCCAAUAUAUGAAAGAAAAACUUUUAGAAGCUGGAUUUAUUGAAAUUGAUGAACGAAAAAUUUGGCCGGAAGGAAUCAAAAAAGGAUUCGUAAUUAGAGAUUUUAGAUCUAUUAUUGCUUUUAAUGUUAAUAGUUUAGAAAAAGCAGUUCUUGCUUCUGCUCACAAUGAUUUUCACUCUAUCAAAAUAAUUCAGCGUCACGAGAGCCAACAAGUUAGUGAAUACGUUUCUCCAGUUCAAAAUUACGGAAAUCCACUUUGGGAUUCUUAUGCUGACAGAUCUUUGAGAAUUGGCGGAAUUGUUUCAUAUAUCAACGACAAUAAAAAACUAGACUUCAAACUUAUCGAUUCUGAAAAGGCAGUUGCUUCUUUUCCAAAUCUUGCAAUUCAUCUUCGCGGAAAAGGCUACGGAUACAGAUUUUCACCAGGUGAUAACUACGUUUCAUUUGGUCAUGCAUCAAUCAAUGACGUAAUUGCUAAUGUUGCAAAAUUAGACUCAAAUAAAAUUAAAGAUCACGAUUUAUUCCUUGUUGACAGCCAACCAUCACGAAGAAUUGCAGACCUGAUUACGGGUGGAAGAAUUGAUAACUUUGCUUCUUGUUUUGCCGUUUUAGAAUCAUUUUUAAAUUCAUCAACAGAAAAUCCAAAUUCUGCGACUCAAAUCAUGUCAAUAUUUGAUCGUUCACUCAUUGAUGGAGAUACUGCUGCUGGAACUAACAGUACUUUCCUUGAAGAUGUUUUAGAUUAUAUUUUCGAUGAAAAACUUGACGAAGUUCGCGACAGUAUAUUCCAUGUAUCAUGCGAUCAUGCGGAAGCUAAUCAUCCAUCAUUCCCAGACUUCUACAACCCAGACCAAAAGAUUUUAAUGUCAAAAGGUCUCGCAAUUAAGAAAUCCCUUCGAGCUGACUUAGCCACAGACAAUAUUACGCAAUUUAUAAUAACACAGGUAGCAAAAGAUGCAAAUGCUCCCACUCAAAUUUAUAUGUGCAGAAAUAUGCAGAUAAUGUCUCCUUCUGCUGGAACAAAUAUUACAGCAAACAGUGGACUGAGGACAGCUGAUGUCGGAAUCCCUAUUCUUUCAAUAGGUUCUGCUAGACAAACUGCAUCUGCAACAGAUCUUUAUAAUUACACUCAAAUUCUUACAAAACUUUUCUCAAAUUACGGAGAGUAUUAUAGAUUAUUACCUUAA